AUGGUCGCUCGCAAUGGCAAUCAGCGCAAGCUGAACACCUUCACCACGCUGUUGUUUGCUGCAACAGCCAUGUCGUCGGCGAUUCGGACUCCUUUGUCUGGCGGGUCAAGAUAUCCUCGGAUGGCGGCUCGGUCCAGCGACAUGGACGCUGCGCCAUACCGGGACAAGACACUCUCGAUUGACGAGCGAGUCGAGGACUUGGUCCAGCGCAUGAACCUGGAGGAAAAGGCUGGCCAGCUCUUUCACAAUAUUAUCAACCAGGGACCAAAUGGGACUCUGCUGAAUACAACGGGCCCAGAUGUACAGGUGAAGUUCAUGACGCACUUCAACUUGCACGGUCCCAUUGCCGAUGUACGUGCUACAGUGCAGUGGUACAACAACCUCCAGCAAAUGGCACUGGAUACCAGGCUGGGCAUUCCCAUCACGAUCUCGUCGGACCCAAGACACGCAUUCACCAACGCCGAAGGUAGCCAGAUUGCCGCGACCAAGUUCUCACAGUGGCCCGAGACGCUGGGUCUAGCAGCGAUUCGAGACGCCGAACUCAUCCACACGUUUGCUGAUAUUGCGCGGCAAGAGUACAACGCCGUUGGUAUCCGAUCCGCUCUGCAUCCGCAGAUUGAUGUGGCUACCGAGCCGCGGUGGGCACGUAUCAGCGGCACUAUGGGCGAGAAUGCGACGUUGACAGCUGAACUGGCCGUUGCAUAUAUCAAGGGAUUCACGGGCCCUAAUGGUUUCGGAAAAGACUCUGUCACGACUGUAUCGAAGCACUUUCCUGGAAGCGGGCCGGUUGAAGGCGGCGAGGACAGCCAUUUCGUUUACGGCAAGAAUGCCACGUACCCAGGCAAGAACUUUGAGCACCACCUCAUCCCGUUCAAGGCUGCCAUUGCUGCUGGAACAAGGCAAAUCAUGCCGUACUACUCGCGCCCCAUGGGAACAAAGUACGAGGAGGUCGCAGCUGGCAUGAACAAGGGCAUUGUGACUGAUCUUCUGCGCGGCGAGCUCGGCUUCGACGGCAUUGUGGUCAGCGACUGGGGCCUCGUGACUGACUCCAUCAUCGCCGGGCAAGACAUGCCUGCGCGCGCCUGGGGCGCCGAGAACCUCACUGAGAUCCAGCGCACCGAGAAGAUCCUCAACGCAGGAACCGACCAGCUCGGCGGCGAGUCCCGCACCGACCUCAUCAUGGAGCUCGUGCAGAAGGGCAUCAUCAGCGAAGAGCGCAUCAACCAGUCCAUCCGACGCCUGAUGCGCGAGAAGUUUGUCCUGGGUCUCUUCGACAACCCGUUUGCCGAUGCGGAUGCCGCCGUGGCCGUCGUGGGCAAGCCCGAAUGGCGCAGCAUUGGCUUCGAGGCGCAAAAACGCUCCUUCACUCUGCUCACCAACAAGGACGCUGCACUCCCGCUCAAGGCGUCCGACUGCUCAAAAGCGAAGUUCUACGUCGAAGGCAUCAACAGCACGCACCUCGAGUCGCGUAACUUUGAAGUCGUCGACACCCCGGAGGAGGCAGACUACGCUUUCCUCCGCCUCGUUGCGCCGUACGAGCCGCGCCCCGGCGGCUUUGAAAUGAACUACCACUCGGGCUCUCUCGAGUACAACGCCACGGAGAAGGCGCGGCAAGCGGCCAUCUACGCAGCUGUGCCGACGAUUGUGGAUAUUUACCUCGACCGGCCUGGAGCGUUCCCCGAGGUAGCAGAGCAGGCGCAGGCGCUCAUGGUCAAUUUUGGCGCGAGCCCCGAGGCGUUCUUGGAUGUUGUCUUUGGCGUCGAUGGCAGUGGGCCUGAGGGAAAACUGCCGUUUGAUCUGCCUAGGAGCGAUGAGGCGGCGGCGGCGCAGUUGGAGGAUGUGCCAUUUGAUACCGUGGAUCCGGUGUUUAGAUUUGGUCACGGGCUGAGGUAUGAUUAG